AUGCCUCUAAUUGAUCAAAAAGUCUACGAACAGACCCCAAAAGAGGUCAUCUCUUGGAAGAUUAUUGGAUAUUGUGCCAUUCUCUCUUUUACCGGGGCCCUUCAUGGUUUCAACACUGCCAAUAUUUCCGGCGUGCUCGCCAUGAAACCGUUCAAGUCGCACUUUCUCUUUAACGAUAUGGAUACUGCCGAGUUAGCGAAUUGGAACGGUUGGAUAACCUCUGUCCUUAUCCUUGGGUCUUGUCUGGGCUCGUUGACUUGUGCUCCUUUUAUUGAAAGACUCGGACGAAGGCUCUCUCUCGUCAUUUUCACCAUUCUGUUCGUGGCCUCGGCAGUUCUCAUGACGGCUAAUCCAGGGGGUUCUGGUGGAAGAAUCGAGUUCAUCGUCGGAAGAGCCCUUUCCGGCUACGGCUCUGGCGCUGCUAGUGUCGUCGGUCCAGGUUACAUUGCUGAAAUCGCCCCUCAGAGUAUUCGUGGAGGUCUAACCGCACUCUACAACGCCAAUACCAUGCUUUCAGUUGGCCUCGCAUACUGGAUCAACUUCGGCUCUUUACAGCACAUCAGCUCCACAAAGAACGCACAAUGGCAGGUUCCAAUGGGUGUUCAAGCUCUCCCAGGGGUUAUCCUCCUGCUGGGACUUUUGUUCAUGCCGGAAUCGCCAAGGUGGCCGAUGAAUCACGGCAAGAUCGAAAAGGCGCAAAGUGUCCUUGAGAACCUCCGCUCCCUUCCUCGUGAUCAUCCAUUCGUGCGUCAGGAGUUUGAGCAAAUUCAACGAGGGCUUGAAGACCAGCCAGUUGCACCAGGUCUUAAGGGUCUUAUUCGGGAAAUACUUUCCGAAAACAUCAGAAAGCGGCUGUACAUGGUGAUGUUUAUUCAAGUCGGCUUCCAAUUUUCCGGCGGUAACAUCAUCACAUAUUACAACACAUCUAUUCUCUCGUCAAUUGGUCUCACGGAUCCUUCUGUCAACUACCUUUUCUCCGGCAUCUAUGGGCUGGUAAAAUUUAUCGCGGUACUUUUGUACUGCCUAUUCUUGAUCGACCGUUUUGGUCGGCGAAUGGGUCUUUUCAUCGGUUCGGGUCUGAUCAUCGGCUCGCUGACCUACAUCACCGUUUACCUGGCUGUUGCAAACCCUUCUGGUAACAACGGUACUGGUAACAACGGUACUGGUCCCGCUGGUUGGGUUGCAGUUGUAUGCAUCUACAUCUUUGCUCUUGGCUAUGCAAUUAGUUGGGGCACAAUCCCAUGGAUCAUCAACGCCGAAGUCUUUCCUACUAAGGUCAGGGGAAGUUGCAUGGCAAUCUGUAUUACAUGGCAGUAUCUCGUCAACUUUGCCCUUUCACGAGCUCAGCCAAAUAUGGUAAUUACCAUGCAUUCAUGGGGUCCAUUCCUUCUUUUUACUCUCUUUACCACUAUCUCAACAACAUACUGCUACUUCGCGUACCCUGAAACGAAGGGUAUCUCCAUGGAAUCCAUGGAUCAGCUGUUUCAGAUGCCAUGGUACAAAGUCGGAAAAUCAAGUCUUGCCAUUGUCAAAUCUCAGAACCUUGACAACAGCACUUCUGAUGAGGAGAAGGUUAUGGUUGUAACAACUGAGAAUGCCGAUGGUCAUAACACCACGGCAACGGGAUUUGAGAGAAAGUAA